AACGUUUCAAUGAUGUAGGCGAAUCUGCGCUUACGCCUCCAGACCGGGGACAACACGAUCGUCAUCGAUACAAUCGUCCUACAAUGGGUGAAAUUGCCGCUAUAUAUGCAAGCUCUGAAAACGAGCCCGGUAGUGGUCGCGAGAUCAUAGUGGAAACCCGUGGUACUAAGGAACUUCAGUGUCACUAUCAGCGAGAAAAACCCCCACUUCUUACCUUCAUUUCACACUGAUUUACCACCACGGGGAACAUGGACGGUAUCCCGACAUCCAUCUCGCUGAAGGACAACGGUACAAAAUUAGUUUCCACGGAGCAGUUUUACGCUUUCGGUCUUUUUGACCGGGCAAGACAGUUUCAACACUGCUCUUCAUUGUGGACCUCUCUUCCGAGAGCUGGUAGUAGACGCUUGGGCUCAAGUUGAUCUAGCCGCCUCCGGUUCCAUGAAAAGAACCAGGACAACUACCGCAGAGAAGUUUGGCAAGGCGUAGCCGACAGUGCUGAACAAGGGCUGCGCGUUUAUGAAAACGGGACUCGAAUUAUUCUACCGUCUUCCUUCCUAAAUGGUCCCCGCUCCUUCUUCGCACUUUAUCAGGAUGUCAUGGCGGUAGUCAGGCUUUGCGGAAAGCCUGACAUUUUCCUCACUUUCACUUGCAACGGUUAUUGGGAGGAGAUCGUUCUAGAGCUGAAGGAAGGUCAGAAGGCUGAAGACAGGCCAGAUCUCACCGCUAGGGUAUUCCGUCUUAAGCUUGAUGCCCUUCUCAAAGACAUUCUCUAAAAGGACGUCUUCGGUAAAGUUAUCGCCUAUAUGUACACUGUCGAAUACCAGAAACGUGGUCUCCCUCAUGCUCAUAUUCUUCUGAUCCUCCUGGAACAAAACAAACCACGUACAACGAGAAGUAUCGACAGCAUCGUUUGCGCAGAGAUUCCGGACCUUGAGGAGCAUCCCUCACUCCACAAUUGUGUCACCUCUUUCAUGCUUCAUUCGCCAUGCGGCUCUCAACGCCCAAAUGCGUCUUGCAUGGUAAAAGACAACAAUACGGGCAAAUCUCAUUGCUCAAAAAGUUAUCCUAAAGCCUUCAGCUCCAAUACACUUCUUGAUGACGACUCUUACCCUACUUAUCGUCGUAGAGAAGGUGGCUUCACUUGGACAAAGAAGGUAGACGGCAUUGACUACACGUUCACGAACAGAGAUGUCGUCCCCUACAACCCGUACUUGCUUGAACGCUAUAAAUGCCAUGUCAAUGUCAAAGUAUGCACAUCCAUCACGGCGGUCAAGUAUCUCUACAAGUACAUCUACAAGGGAAGUGAUCGAGCUUUGACAGGCAUUUGCGAAAACGACGGUAGUGACACUGUCCAAAAUCAAUCAUCCCAAGGCCGAGCGAGGACAGAGCAGACGCAGAACGAGAUACGGAACUACGAGGAUUCAAGGUACAUCUGUGCAACUGAAGCCUGUUUCAGACUUUUUCAAUUCAAAACCCAUGAUCACUCCCCCUCUGUUGAGCGUUUGCAGGUCCAUUUGCCGAAUCGCCAAAGCAUAGUUUUCAAUGCAAACGCGAACCUUCGGCACAUGUUACAAGACGACAGAUACAGCCGCCCUCAGCUCACAGAGUUCUUCAAAGUCUGUGAACGAUUCCCAGACAGGCUUCGACGCACAACGUAUCUCGAGCUUCCUCGACUGAUGUGGUAAUAAGACCAGGAAACCCGUCAAUGGCUCUUCCGCACCAGAAAUUUCAACACCAUAGGCAGGGUCGUCUCUGUACCGCCCAAUGCCGGUGAAACUUGUAGUUUCUCUAUUUUCUUCAUGCAUGCAUAGACACCUCACAACGGCUGCCGAUGUCCAGUUUGUGCGUGAGCCAGACAGCACAACAAUCACGCGCACUCCGCAGAAGAGGAAACAUGGCACUCAUCUUCUGUCGGACCCAGAUUUCAACAUCGCUGAGGGAUAACAAGAAGUCAAGGACCAAAUGAGCCAC